UCACCAUUUCACUUAAUUUUUCUUUUCCUAAAAAAUAUAAAAUUUAAUAUUAAAAUAUUUUCUCAAAGUUCACCAUUUAAGAAGGCAAAUUAUUCUUCCCAUUAACAUUAGAGUCGUCUCUCCUUCUUCUAUUAACAAUGGCGUCAAUGCCGUUGUAUUGGCAACCACCACCAGCCACGGAGUAUCCACAACACUCAUCCUCCGUCUCCUCCUCCGGCAACUCCACCAUUGGUCCUUUUAUCGCCGUCUUUAUCGUCGUCACUGUUCUCUGUGUUGUUGCUAGCGUUAUUGGACGGCUUUGCUCCGGCAAAACCAUCUUAGGGUAUGGAGACUACGAUAUGGAGAGAUGGGCUGAGAGUAGAUGUGGUUCUUGUAUCGACGGCCACAUCAUUCCCCACCGGCCGUCUCCGUCGCCUCCUCCUCCUCCUCCUCGUCAGCCUUUGCACCACACUUCCUCGGGCGUCUCAGCUGAAUCUGAAGGACACGUGGCAGAUCUAGAUGAAACUGAUGGAGAGAAACAAGACUCUUUAGACCAUGAACCUCCAACACAAACACCAUCCUCAGCUCAUUCUUGAUUAGUGUUUCUCUCUUUUGAUUCUUUUUUUUUCGUGUUGGUUUUAAAAGUUAGCGAAUGUAAUUGAAAAUUCACGAGUUCAAUCCCAAAGCGGUCAAAGUUAUUGAAAAUGGCGCUCUCAGAUUUUGUUUU